AUGAUCGCAGCGUCGGAGGAAGAGCUCGGGAAGAUUCAAGUCGGCAGAGACAGUUCAUCGCAUACCUCUGCACAUCGGGAAGAGGCUUCAAGAGCCGCAGGUCUGAAUGGUCUGCUCGACUUGCUUGCGAAGCGCGGCGAUGUCGAACUCCAGGGCGCUACGCCGGUGCCGUACGAUGAGCGCACGGAGACGAAUUACUUCAACAUCUUCACCCUGUGGUUCUGCAUGAGCUGUAAUCCCUUGCCUGUAACUUUUGGCAUGGUAGGCACCGCAUCAUUCGGUAUGAAUUUGCGAGAUGCAUCACUGGUCAUCUUGUUCUUCACCUUGGUGUCGACGAUUCCGGUCGCAUUGAUGUGCUCAUGGGGGCCGCGAACCGGCAUGCGUCAACUCGUGCAGGCCCGCUUCGCCUUCGGCAAGUACUUGGUCUCUCUGCUUGUGCUCCUGAAUCUGGCGACGCUCACGGGGUUCUGUGUCGUCGAUGCUACGAUCGGCGGGCAGGCCUUGUCUGCUGUUAUGGAGGGUGAGACGAUCAGCGCUACAGUGGGUAUCGUCAUCAUUUCGCUGCUUGCUAUGCUUGUUGCGUUCUGCGGUUUCCGGGUUUUGCAUCACUACGAGCGGUGGGCGUGGAUUCCCGCCGUUCUGGCGUUGGUCAUUGCCACAGGAUGCGGUGGUGAAGGACUGAAGCAACAGGUUGCUGCUCCUGCCGCCACUGCUCAGCAGGUCUUGUCCUUUGGUGGCCUCGUCGCAAGCUUCAUGCUUCCGUGGGCUGCGCUUGCCAGUGAUUUCAGCACCUACAUGCAUCCCAAGGCUCCACCACUCCGUAUUGCGGCAUACACGUACGCAGGACUGGCAUUGCCAACCAUUCUCCUCAUGAUCCUUGGUGCAGCCAUGGGCGGUGCGAAGACCAACAUUACAUCCUGGGAAGCAGGUUACGACCUCAACGCUGCUAGCGGUGUGUUGGCGGCUAUGCUGCACCCAGCCGGCGGAUUUGGACGCUUCGUUACCGUGGUGCUGGCAUUCAGCAUGCUGGGCAACCUGAGCGCGACCAUGUACGCCAUCACGCUGAACUUCCAGAUGGCGCUGCCGUUCUUCUUCCGCAUCCCACGCGUCCUCUACGCCGUCCUCAUCACGGGCAUCGUCAUCGGCGUCGCCAUCCCAGCCGCAAAGUCGUUCUUCCUCAACCUCGAGAACUUCUUGGGUCUCAUCGGCUACUGGGCGGCGGCCUUCAUUGGCGUCAUGCUCACCGAGCACCUUUUCUUCCGCAAAGCUAGCUUUGCCGCUUACACAGAGGAUGAUGCUGCUUGGGAUGAUGUGUCGAAGCUUCCCCCUGGAUUUGCGGCCACGGGUGCUGCGGUUCUUUGCUUUGGGCUGGUGGUGCCAGGAAUGAGUCAGACGUGGUUUGUGGGCCCUAUUGCGGAGAGGACCGGAGAUAUUGGGUUUGAGGUCGCGCUGGUGCUCUCGGCUGUGUUGUAUGUGCCUUUGAGGACGUUGGAGCGUAGGAAGUACGGUAGGUAG